AUGAAUGUUUUUUGCAAGACAUCUCUGCAUCUCCAGGACACAAAGAGCAUACAUAAAGCAUGGAAAUCCAAAGUACAUAACUUCAUCCAGAGUCCAUUACCAUGGAGGAGAAUCAACAGGCACAAAACAAAUGAAACAAGCCCACAGAGAAAUUCUCUUGAGGCUCUCCUUUCUCAGAAAUCUGGAAAAAUAACAUUUAGGGACUUCCUGAAAUCGGAGUUCUGUGAGGAAAAUCUGGACUUCUGGCUCGCAUGUGAAGACUUCAAAACCUUUGAUGGUCUACAGGAGCUAAAACAAGGAGCAGCCAGUAUCUAUGAAGAGUUUGUAUGUGCUGACGCUCCAAGACAGGUAAACUUAGAUUUCCAGACAAGAGAGAUCAUCAGACAGAGUCUCCAUCAACCAAGUCCUUCAUGUUUUGUCAUUGCCCAAAGGAAAAUCUACAGUCUGAUGGAGAAUGACGCCUUCCCACGCUUCAUUCAGUCAGAGCAACACAGAGUCCUGUUAAGUGCAGAUUCUCAACACAGAUGCCGAGAAAAGCUGCAAAAGGCCUGGAGGACAAAGAGUACAGGAGAUCAGAGACAGCAUGACUUAAACUCGGUCAGUCUGCAGCAUGAUCUCUAUCUCUUGCACAACUACUGAGAUCACGCAGGGUUGAUGGUGUAAAAUGUAGAACAGACGCAGGUUCAAGGUUUGUUGAUGACAGAAACAGUGCAGGCACUUCCCCUUCCCUCAUAAUGUCACCUUACAAGCAUAACAGCUUAAUAUCAUGGAGUGAACCCUGUGCCUGUGCAAUAUAACAAAAUAUACUGCAGGCAGUGCCAUCUGGCGCACCAUUAACACAGGACAUGAGUGAUAUAAAAACAUAGAUGUUAAAGUGUUAACCCUUGGGCUUAAAGUCAUGAAUGUAAACCUUUUUUAUUGUUCAAGUUGAGUUCAUUUAACUGCAGGAUCUUUGUGUAUAUGAUGAAUAUUUACUGUUAGAAUUUAUUUUACAUAUACAAACCAUGAAACAAGGCAGUACAUUUGAGGUUAUGCUGUGGGUCAUAUUGAAGUACUGUUGAUCUGUAAAAAGGAACUCAUCACCUGAAAAAAGUCUCCAGCUGUGUACUAAAAUCUGAAGUUCUACCGCCACCCAGUGGUGAAGGAGAAAACAAGCAGAGAACCGAAGACCCUCUGGAAUCAAAAAAUUUAAGAAAAAAGCAGAUUCAUUUUGUGUGCAAUGACAUGUUCUUCUACCAACAAGUAACCAUAAAAAUGAUUAUUAUUUGUAAUCAUUUUAUUGUAUUAUUUAUUGAAUCAUACACUACACAAGUUGAAGAGCAUAGAACGGUAUAUGGUUAUUUUUUUUAAAGG